AUGUCCGACAAGCCAGGCCGGGUGGCCACCGGCAAGAUCCGCCGCGAGGGAGGGAUUCGACGUCAGAAGGUGCACGUGGUUCAAGGCCACCGCUUUGCAGCCAAGUUUUUCAAGCAGCCCACCUUUUGUGCCCACUGCAAAGAGUUCAUCUGGGGCCUCAACAAGCAGGGCUACGCCUGCACCGGUCUGUUCUUUGCUUUAUCAUCCGCCCUCAAGACUGGUCGUUACUGUCAGUACACCCCCCUUGUUGCAUCAAUGAGCCUGUCGGCCACGACGCUGUCGGCCAACUACAGUGGCUCUUAUGCUGCUUCUUACCUCAUCGCAUCUUUCUGGGCAAAGCCCCCGAGGCGCUCGAUCGCCGUUCUCAGUUGUUUUUGCGGUUUCUGCAGUGGCACUUUGCUGUAUGGCAUUGCUCGGCAAGGCUCCCAAUGUGGCUCUUGCAAGAUCAACUGCCACAAAAACUGCACUGCGCGCGUCCCGGCAUUGUGUGGCGUCGAUCUGCAGGAGCGCCGUGGACGUUUGUUUCUGGACUUGCGCUUUGAAAAGGAUUCGGACAAGUCGAAUAAGUUGACCAUUUAUGUUGGCGACGCUCGCAACCUCCUGCCCAUGGACCCUACCGGUACCAGCGACCCCUACGUCAAGAUCAAAGUCAUGCGCAAGGGCACCGAGGUGAUGCGCCUCAAAACACCCGUGCAUCCAAAGGAGCUGAACCCAAGUUUUCGCCAGACCUUUUCUGUGCCUUUCCCAGCCACCGCGGACCUGACUGAGACGAUUCAUGUGGCCGUGUGGGACAAAGACUUUCUGCGCCGCAACGAUUUUAUGGGUGCCAUGACCUUUGAGCUGAAGGACAUUGCCGAUCCGCAGUCAGCGGGCAAGUAUACUGGCUGGUACAAGCUGUUGGACAAGCGACAAGACCAUGGCUCGACCGUCGAUUCCGGCGAUUCCGGCAAGGAAACCACAGAGGAUCGCCUGAUGGCCUCUGUGCACUCGACUGCCUCCUCUGAGUUUAUGAUGGAGCAUCAAAAGGAGAUUGAGGGCCGCAACAAGCUCCCAUCAGACUUUCGCAGCCAGGUCACUGCGGGUGAAUCCAAGAGCCUCGCCGACUUUGAACUGCUUUCCGUUCUCGGCCGCGGCUCUUUUGGCAAGGUGAUCUUGACUCGUGAGAAGAGUUCGGGCAAGUACUUUGCUAUCAAGGCCAUUGAAAAGGCCAGCGUUGUUGAG